GGUGUCGGCGUGCGGCGUGCGGGAUCCGGGUGGCUGCGGGCGGCCUGGGCUGCCGCGGCCGACGCCUGCUGUGAGAUGGCGAUACUGGGCGCCGAGGGCUGAGGAGGCGUCGCGGUGGCCGCCGGCCCCGGGAGCCGCUGCUUUGCGCCGGACUGUCUCCUCACCAGACUAUGAACUCCUUGACAGAAGAAAUCGUGUCUUACUCAGCUUUGUAUUCUCUGUGUUUGGCGCAGUUCCUGAUACGUAACGUAAGGUGAAUUUUGGGACAUGGCCACUGCUUCGCCAAGGUCUGAUUCUAGUAAUAACCACAGUGGAAGGUUACAGUUAAAGGUAACUGUUUCUAGUGCCAAACUAAAAAGAAAAAAGAAUUGGUUUGGAACAGCAAUAUAUACAGAAGUCAUUAUAGAUGGAGAAAUUAAAAAAACACCCAAAUCUAGUAGUUCUUCUAAUCCAAAGUGGGAUGAACAGCUUACUGUAAAUGUGACCCCACAGACCACUCUGGAAUUUCGAGUUUGGAGUCAUCACACUUUAAAAGCAGAUGCUUUGUUAGGAAGAACAGCAGUAGACCUGAAACAAGCUCUGUUAACACACAAUAGAAAAUUAGAAAAAGUGAAAGAACAAUUAAAACUUUCCUUGGAAAACAAGAAUGGCAUUGUUCAGACUGGCGAAUUGACAGUUAUACUUGAUGGAUUGGUGAUUGAGCAAGAAAAUCUAACAAACCACAGCUCAUCUCCAACCAUAGAAGUACAGCAAAAUGGAGAUGCCUUACACGAUAAUGGAGACCCUUCAGCAAGGACAGCUACAAGGCUGACUGUUGAUGGUACUAAUGGCAUAGAUAAUCAUGUACCACCAAAUACUGUUGUUGCAAACUCAUGCUGUUCGUGUGUAGUUAAUGGAGAAAACAUACCUUCAUCUCCAUCUCAGGUUGCCUCCAGACCUAAAAAUACACCAGCUCUCAAACCACUUACAUCUGAGCCUGCCAGUGAUACAGUUAAUGGAGAAUCAUCUUCAUCUAUGCUAACUGAUAAUACUUCUGCCAUGGGUACUCCACUACCAUCUGAAGAAACCACCUCAACUUCACAUUGCACUAGCACUACCAUCGAAGAUCUUCCUGUUCAAGAGAUCCUGGCUUCCUCAGAACAUAAUGAAUGUAUUCCUUCUACCAGUGCAGAGCUGCUAUCUGAAGCUCGGAGCCUAGUAGACCCUGACUCGGAUUCUGGAAAUAGUUCUAUUUUUGACAAAUUAAGGCAGCCAGAUGGGAGUAUGGAGCCUCUCCGACAGCAAUCUAGAAACACCAGUACAGAAUCUUUGCCCUCAGGGUGGGAACAGAGGAAAGAUCCUCAUGGUAGAACCUAUUACGUAGAUCAUAACACUCGAACUACCACAUGGGAGAGACCACAGCCUUUACCUCCAGGUUGGGAAAGAAGAGUUGAUGAUCGUGGAAGAGUUUAUUAUGUGGAUCAUAACACCAGAACAACAACCUGGCAGCGGCCUACUAUGGAAUCUGUUCGAAAUUUUGAACAGUGGCAAUCUCAGCGGAACCAACUGCAAGGAGCUAUGCAACAGUUCAACCAACGAUACCUCUAUUCGGCUUCAAUGUUAGCUGCAGAAAAUGACCCAUAUGGACCUUUACCACCAGGCUGGGAAAAAAGAGUGGAUUCAACAGACAGGGUUUACUUUGUGAAUCAUAACACAAAAACAACCCAGUGGGAAGAUCCAAGAACUCAAGGCUUACCAAAUGAAGAACCCCUGCCAGAAGGAUGGGAAAUUAGAUAUACUCGGGAAGGAGUUAGGUACUUUGUUGAUCAUAACACAAGAACAACAACAUUUAAAGAUCCACGCAAUGGGAAGUCAUCUGUAACUAAAGGUGGUCCACAGAUUGCUUAUGAACGCAGCUUUAGAUGGAAACUUGCUCACUUCCGUUACUUGUGCCAGUCUAAUGCACUACCCAGUCAUGUAAAGAUCAAUGUGUCCCGGCAGACAUUAUUUGAAGACUCCUUUCAACAGAUUAUGGCAUUAAAACCAUAUGACUUGAGGAGGCGAUUAUAUGUAAUAUUUAGAGGAGAAGAAGGCCUUGAUUAUGGUGGCCUCGCAAGAGAAUGGUUUUUCUUGCUUUCCCAUGAAGUUUUGAACCCAAUGUAUUGCUUAUUUGAGUAUGCAGGCAAGAAUAACUAUUGUUUACAGAUAAAUCCAGCAUCAACCAUAAAUCCAGACCAUCUUUCAUACUUCUGUUUUAUUGGUCGCUUUAUUGCAAUGGCACUAUUUCAUGGAAAGUUUAUUGAUACUGGUUUCUCCUUACCAUUCUACAAGCGUAUGCUAAGUAAAAAACUUACUAUUAAGGAUUUGGAAUCUAUUGAUACUGAAUUUUAUAACUCCCUUAUCUGGAUAAGAGACAACAACAUCGAAGAAUGUGGCUUAGAAAUGUACUUCUCUGUCGACAUGGAGAUUCUGGGGAAAGUUACUUCACAUGAUCUGAAGUUGGGAGGUUCCAACAUCCUGGUGACUGAGGAAAACAAAGAUGAAUAUAUUGGUUUAAUGACAGAAUGGCGUUUUUCUCGAGGAGUACAAGAACAGACCAAAGCUUUCCUUGAUGGUUUUAAUGAAGUUGUUCCCCUUCAGUGGCUACAGUACUUUGAUGAAAAAGAACUGGAGGUUAUGCUGUGUGGAAUGCAAGAGGUAGACCUGGCAGAUUGGCAGAGAAAUACUGUUUAUCGACAUUAUACAAGAAACAGCAAGCAAAUUAUUUGGUUUUGGCAGUUUGUGAAAGAGACUGAUAAUGAAGUAAGAAUGCGACUAUUGCAGUUUGUCACUGGAACCUGCCGCUUACCUCUUGGAGGAUUUGCCGAGCUCAUGGGAAGUAAUGGGCCUCAAAAGUUUUGUAUUGAAAAAGUUGGCAAAGACACCUGGUUACCAAGAAGCCAUACAUGUUUUAAUCGCUUGGAUCUACCACCAUAUAAGAGUUAUGAACAACUAAAGGAAAAGCUUCUUUUUGCAAUAGAAGAGACAGAGGGAUUUGGACAAGAAUGAAUGUGACUUCUUGUCCUGGAGGAGCUCUUGCAUUUAAAUACCCCAGCCAAGAAAAACUGCACAGAUAGUGUAUAUAAGCUGUUCAUUCUGUACAGUUAAUUUUCUGAACCUCUCAAAGUAUAAAUGUUUUCUGUUCUUCCACAGAAAUAUGCAAAACAUUUCAUUGUUUUCUAUUUUAUUUAUUGUUCCCUUGAAAUGACUGACCAGGAAAAAGAUCAUCCUUAAAUUUUGAAGCAAGCAAGAGAAUUUAUUAAAAAAUAUAUAUCUAUAUAAACAUAUAUGACAGUGGCUCUAGUUUUAUAGAGCUCUAAAGUAUUAAACAUGACAGCCAUUCAUUCACAAAGAUCUGAAUUUGCUUUACCUUGUUUCUACUAACCAGGGGAAAAGUGCAAAAUGCUCCAUGUUCUUCUCCUUUAUGUUACAUCCCCUGAGUGUGUUUAGCUGCAUGGCUGUUGGGGAAGGGAUUUAGGGCUUAGGCCAAAUCUUUAUUUAAAAAUGCUGCUGGCUUUUCUGAAGACAAGUGCUUCAACUUGCUAAGUUGUUUUAAAUGAACAGGUAAAUUUCUCAUCUUUGUUACAUCAGUAACAUACAGGGAAGCCGUGUUUCAGAUCUGAUAGUUUUUAGUUAGCAAUUGGAAAGGAUUCAUUGAGCAGCAGGUUUGUUUACGUGUUACUUUGGGAUGCUAGGUAUUUGUGGAUUUUAAAAGAACCAGGCAUUUAUGUACUUACAUUUUAAAACCUGUAAUGUUCUUCAAAUUUAAUUCAUAAUAAAUUGAUGUAAUACUUAGGAAUAUAAAAAAGAUAAUGAACUUUUGUGCUCAAGGUUUAGUUUUAUGGAAGCAGAUGGAAUUAAACUAAAUGGAUUGAAAAAUUGCCAACUUAAGCACUCAAACUAAGGACUUUCUAUGUUUGAAUAUUCUCAUUCCUCUCAAAUUCAUGAAAACUGUUUCAGAAUUCAGUAAGCACGUAAAAAAAAAAAAAA